CUGAUACCUCAUCCAAGACGUCCGGGGAUUCAGUUGAAGGCCGGAUUCUUUGCCGCAUUCAUUACUAUUUCCUUGUCCUUCUUCCUGGGAAAGGGAAAGACCCGGACUGGCAUCGUGGCGUUUUGGUACUAGCUUCUCAGUAUAGCAAAGAGGCGGGGCGUUUCGAACGCAAUGGGGGCACGACUCUGUACCCUAAAAGUGCGGAAUUUUUGGGCAAAGUAAAGCGUUGUACUGACAUGAUAACGGGUGUUGUCGCAAGCAACGUCCAAAAGACGAGAAGUUACAUUAUUGCCGCGAAACCAAAGUCACGGGAGUUUCAGGCCUUCACGAAGACGACGUAUAAUACAAGGUGGGGCAAUAGAUGUGGAGACCACACUAUUAACGCAGCGAGGAAGAUGGCUGGCCAGAAGCCUCUGAAAAGGGUUCAGAAAGUGAGGGAAGAUAGGAUUCCCGGGCGUUAUCUCAGAGCGAUGGGAGGUAUGGAAGACGAUUCAGAAGAAGACCUAGACUCUGAAGAUGAUUGAGGAAAAUAGGAGAACAAAUUGUUUAGGCUAGGGC